CACGCUGCUGCCUCAACCUCGCUUCACUAUCACACCAUUAUUAUCAACCACCACCAUGUCUUCUUCCACCACCACCUCUUCUUCGUCUUCUUCUUCUUCCACUGCUGCUGCCAAAGGGCUGUCCAAGCACAUCUUGGGGCUCAAGUUCAUGCAGCGGGCUGAGGCAGAGGCGCAAGAAGCAGAGGUUGCACAGGCCACGGCGAAAGCAAGCGCCCCCAGCAUUCAAAGUUCUCGCGGGCCGAGAAUACAGGUCGUGUCCAGCUUUGAUUCAAUUGACGAACACGCCGAUGUCGGACGCAUGUCGUUUCGCGGCUUCAACGAAGACGUGCAGCGAGUGAUGCGAGAAGCGAAGCAGAAGAAGACAAAGGCGCGUGGCGAAGAAGACACGUCUGAGAAGGACGACAACCCCAGGAAAACCGCCAAGUUCAUCACACGCGAGGAUGCCGACAUUUCGGAGGAGGCCGCUGCUAAGAGGUUUGCUGACUUUAUAAGGUCAUCCGAACGGGCAAAUAAGGGGCGCGCACAGGCAGCCGAGCAAGAACAGCACGCGCAACAACAACGUGACGAGAAGCAGAGCAGCAAGCGCACCACCAGCAGGAGCAGAAAACAUAAGGCCAAGCGGAAGCAAGAAGGAUCCUCAGCUGCAGAAGGGGAAGAGGAACAGGCUGGAAGGCGGUAACAACGCAUAGCUGACGUGUGUCAAUGUGUGCAUGUAUGCGUAUGCGUAUGAAAGUAUGAAUGUCUGUCUGAGGAGCUGCUCUGCUGCUCUGCUGCUCUGAGGUCUCUGUCACUUCAUGUCAACAAGUGAAAGAAAAGAAAUACACAAACAUGUGGCUG